GUUCUAAUUAAUUCUUUUUUUUUUCUUUCUUUUUUUCUAGUAAUUGUGAUUGGUUCUGUAUGUGAGAUCCACCUGAAAUGGGUGUUGCAGAAAUGCAUUCAGAUCUUCCCUUUCCGUCAUAGAAUCUAAAUUUUCAAAUUUUGAUCCAAAAUUCUACCUUCCUUUCUCAGAUCUCUCGUUUUACUUUCAGUGAUAAUCAAAACCCAAGUCAUCGAAUUUAUCAAUUUUGAAGCAAAACAAAGAAGAAAAAGAGGAAGAUGUAUAUGGCGUAUGGAUGGCCGCAGGUCAUCCCACUCGAACAGGGUCCUUGCCCUUCUUCCCAGCAGAUCAUAUAUCUCAAGGUCAUCAAUCGCCUACUACUCGUUGUCUCCCCCUAUCACCUGGAGCUCUGGAGCUCUUCCCAGCAUAAAGUGAGAUUGGGAAAGUACAUGAGGGAUUCGGAUUCACUGCAAAGAGAAGGAGAGAAUCUGCAAGCUGUGUGGAGUCCUGAUGGCAAAUUGAUCGCCAUACUUACAUCUUCUUUCUAUCUUCACAUUUUUAAGGUUCAGUUUACGGAGAAAAAGGUACAAACUGGGGGAAAGCAACCCUCUGGAUUGUUUCUUGCUACCAUAUAUCUUGUUCUCAGUGAGCAGGUGCCUUUUUCAGAAAAGAACUUAGCUGUGAGCAAUAUUGUGAGUGAUAGCAAACAUAUGCUUCUUGGACUUUCUGAUGGAUCAUUAUAUAGUAUCUCCUGGAAAGGGGAGUUCAACGGGGCUUUUGAACUUGAUUCCUCUCCACAUGAUAACAAUGAAGUUAUUCUGUCACCACGUUCUCUAGAGAAUGGUCUUUCUUCUAAAGGGUUUCCAGGAUCUGUGAUUUCCAAUCAUAAUGUCUCCAGAAGCUCUGCUAUUGUCCAGCUGGAAUUCUGCCAUCCAAUGAGGUUGCUGUUUGUGCUGUAUUCUGAUGGGCGACUCUUGUCAUGUUCUGUAAGUAAGAGAGGUUUUAAGCAAGCUGAAUCUAUAAAAGCUGGAAAAAGGCUGGUUUGUGGUGAUGCUGUAUGUGCUUCUGUUGCUUCAGAGCAACAAAUCCUUGCUGUUGGUACCAAAAAAGGGAUUGUCGAGUUAUAUGACUUGGAAGAAUCUGUAUCACUUAUUCGCAGUGUGUCUUUAUUUGACUGGGGAUAUUCAAUGGAUGACACUGGUCCUGUUAGUUGCAUUGCAUGGACACCAGAUAAUUCUGCUUUUGCUGUUGGGUGGAAGUUAAGAGGACUUACUGUUUGGUCUGUCUCUGGCUGUCGUUUGAUGUCAACAAUCCGUCAAAUCGGUUUAAGUUCUGCAUCUUCUCCGAUGACUAAGCCUAAUCAAGAGUGUAAAUAUGAACCUUUAAUGAGUGGCACAUCAAUGAUGCAGUGGGAUGAAUAUGGAUAUAGGCUUUAUGCCAUCGAGGAACAAUCUUCAGAGAGAAUUCUUGCAUUUUCAUUUGGCAAAUGUUGCCUUAACAGAGGAGUUUCUGGCUCAACAUAUGUCCGUCAAGUGAUUUAUGGUGAUGAUCGACUGCUUGUUGUGCAAUCUGAAGAUACCGAUGAACUUAAAAUGCUACAUCUUAACCUUCCAGUUUCAUAUAUUUCCCAAAAUUGGCCAGUUCAACAUGUGGCAGCUAGCAAAGAUGGAAUGUACUUAGCAGUAGCUGGUUUGCAUGGGUUAAUUAUAUAUGACAUACGUUUAAAGAGGUGGCGAGUGUUUGGUGAUAUUACACAAGAACAAAAAAUUCAGUGUAAAGGUUUGCUAUGGAUGGGGAAGAUUGUUGUUGUCUGCAACUACAUUGAUUCUUCAAACACGUAUGAGUUACUUUUUUACCCAAGAUAUCACCUUGACCAGAGCUCACUGCUUUUCCGAAAACCAUUGCAUGCCAAACCAAUAGUGAUGGAUGUCUAUCAAGAGUAUAUAUUAGUCACUUAUCGCCCAUUUGAUGUACACAUAUUCCAUGUGAAACAAUUUGGUGAAUUUACAGCGACUAGUACUCCAGAUUUAGAGCUUUCUACAGUACGUGAACUCUCUAUUAUGACUGCAAAGAGCCAUCCUGCAUCCAUGCGUUUCAUUCCUGAUCAGCUUCCAAGCGAGUGCAUUUCUAACAAUCAUAACUCUAAUUCUGAUUUUGCGAGAGAGCCUACAAGAUGUUUGAUAUUGAGAGCUAAUGGGGAGCUUUCACUUCUUGAUUUGGAUGAUGGGCGUGAAAUUGAACUUACUGACUCUGUUGAGUUAUUUUGGGUUACCUGUGGUCAAUCAGAGGAGAAAACAAACCUCAUUGAGGAAGUUUCCUGGUUAGAUUAUGGCCACCGAGGAAUGCAGGUUUGGUAUCCAUCUCUGGGUGCUGACCCUUUUAAGCAGGAAGAUUUCUUGCAGUUGGAUCCAGAGCUGGAAUUUGACCGUGAGGUAUAUCCUCUAGGUCUUCUUCCAAAUGCUGGUGUUGUUGUUGGUGUUUCCCAGAGAAUGUCAUUUUCAGCAUGCACAGAGUUUCCGUGUUUUGAGCCAACUCCUCAAGCUCAAACUAUAUUGCAUUGCCUUCUAAGGCACCUGAUUCAGAGGGACAAAAGUGAAGAGGCUUUGAGGUUGGCUCAGUUAUCAGCAGAAAAGCCUCAUUUUUCUCAUUGUCUGGAGUGGCUGCUUUUUACUGUUUUUGAAGCAGAUAUAUCUCGGCCAAAUGUAAACAAGAAUCAGACUGCUGUCCCUAAAUCUAAUUCUCUCUCUCUUUUAGAGAAGACCUGUGAAUUGCUCAGAAAUUUUCCAGAAUAUCUUGAUGUGGUUGUUAGUGUUGCAAGAAAGACUGAUGGUCGCCAUUGGGCAGACUUGUUCUCGGCUGCUGGGAGAUCCACCGAGUUGUUUGAGGAGUGCUUCCAACGUAGAUGGUAUCGUACUGGCGCUUGCUACAUACUUGUGAUUGCUAAGCUUGAAGGUCCUGCUGUCAGUCAGUACUGUGCCUUGCGUUUAUUACAGGCAACACUGGAUGAAUCUUUAUAUGAACUUGCUGGGGAACUGGUGAGGUUCUUGUUGAGAUCUGGAAGAGAUUAUGAACAGGCAUCAACAGACUCGGACAGAUUAUCUCCAAGAUUUUUGGGUUAUUUCCUUUUCCGUUCCAGUUACAGGAAGCAGUCCUUGGAUAAGAGCACUUCAUUUAAGGAGCAGAGUGCACAUGUUACUUCUGUCAAAAACAUCUUAGAAAGCCAUGCUAGCUAUUUGAUGUCAGGAAAAGAACUUUCAAAGCUUGUUGCAUUUGUGAAAGGCACUCAGUUUGAUUUAGUGGAAUAUCUUCAUCGGGAAAGAUAUGGAUCUGCCCGGUUGGAGAGUUUUGCCUCUGGGCUUGAGUUAAUUGGGCAAAAGCUGCAAAUGGGAACACUGCAAAGCCGGUUGGAUGCAGAAUUCCUUCUGGCACAUAUGUGCUCUGUCAAGUUCAAAGAGUGGAUUGUUGUCCUUGCUACUCUUUUAAGACGAUCUGAGGUCCUGUUUGAUCUCUUUCGGCAUGACAUGCGUUUAUGGAAUGCAUAUAGCAGUACCUUGCAGUCACAUGCAACAUUGGUUGAGUACCAUGAUCUGCUUGAAGACUUGGAAAUCAAACUAUCAUCUGUCGCCAAUUCAGGAGAGAAAUGAGAGUCAUUUUGGAUUUGCAACUCUUGCUUCUGUUCUUUGGCAAAUAGGUGCUCAUGACAGUAAUUUUCUUAAUGAACCUUCUUUUAUGGAGUGACAAAUGUUGGCCAAAUUGCGGAGAUGAACAGGCAAUUAAGUAGCAUAAUCGGCACCAUAAGGUUGAGGGAUUUACUUGGUAUACAUAAAGUAAAAUGAGUUACUGCUCUCAAUUGGGAAUUACAUAGUUCUUGUAGAUAAGCAGGUAGGGAAGUUCUGUGUUUGCGAGAAACAAAUGGAUAAUCUGGAUCUGAGAUUAUUGUUAUUAUUUUUUUUACUUUUUUUUUUCCCUCCAUAUUUUGUAUAAUGUUUUACAUUAUUAUUAUUAUUAUUUUGGUGGGGGAAGAAGAGGGGAUAAAGAGGAAUUCAUUAUGAAGGCUAUUCUCAUUAGUUACUUGUGCAGAUACUGAGUUGGAAUUCAAUAUGUUGCAUUUGUUUCCAUGUUUUAUAAAUAAGCUUUCACUGGCUUAGCUGAUUUAAUCUAA